AUGAUAUCUGCCGACGUUUUCAACAACUAUCACAACGCACGAAUUAUUCAGUCUGCGGCGGUGGUACCGCCGGAUGGUCGAUAUGUCUUUUCAAAUGUUGCUACUGGCCAUAUUAUUCACCACGAUCGAAAGCACAACGUCCCCAACAUAUAUUCUGCCAAGUUCGUGUACCCUCGUGGAAGAUUGGGCCAUCGCGUGAAACGCCCUCAACUGGCGCUUCGCGCUCAUAAAAUGGGAACCAAGUGGAUCAGCUUACGUACCCCACUCGAUGGUAAAGACUCAACUAAAUGCAUCAGCGCACAAUGGGAUGAGAAAACUGAUGGAGCCAAGGGGGGAGCGGACCACGCCGGCACACUUUAUGAAUGCGUUGUCGAUCCACUCAAUCUGGGGGCUAGUCUUGAAAAGACCAAACAGUGGUGGCUAUUGAUGCCGGUGGAGACAGCAAAAUCACUCAAACUAUCUCACAAGCCCUCUGGAAAAUCUAGAGCCGUGCAAGCAGAUCCUACGGAGAAGGUUGACGAUAUAUCUGAAGAGGCUGCGUCUUUAGGUCUUCAGCGUUCAACACAACCGAACGAUUCCCCCAAAGGCUUGCCGUUUUGGAACACAAAGACCAACCGUAUGGAAACGCUCCCACCUUGGAAAUACGACAAACGAUCGCUGAAGGAAACUGAACCGGUGACUGAACCCGAAGACGUUGCCUCGGCUGGGAAUAUGACGGAUGGGACGGCUCAGGUUUCGGGAGCGGAGGGGGAAGAGCCUUCAGACUCGGCGCCGCGGCUUUCAGCUCGUCACGAUCAUCACUCGCCUACCUCGUCAUCCACUAAACUCGGAGCUUUCUUUGUGAUCGCGGUGAUCUUAACAUUUGGGAUCGUUGACUGGAAGGGUAACAAUUUUCCAUUUGACUUCAGGACAUGGAGACUCGCGUUCUGUCAUCUCAGUCAAAGAGAACGAUAG